GUAGUCGCAAAUUGUCAACGAAUCAAGACAGAACGACAGAAUAAUCACCAAGUAUAAAAGAAAGCAAAGUUGCAUUGCAAGCAGUAUUUCUAACUUGUGCGUUGCAAAAUAAAAAUCACUAAACACAAUGGAAAUCAGUUUGUUUCUAGUGUUCAUUUUUCUAUGCGGUUGGUCAAUCAAUUCCAGUGCUUCUGCAAAGCAAAUACAAUCGUUUAAUACGAACGAAACGAAGCUUACAGACUUGGAACAAUUGGAUUUCUGUGAGUUGUUGAAUGCGGCUAACACCAAUGAAGAGUUCUCGCUAGCAGCUGCCGAUGUGUUCAAACGAAAAUUUGCAAAUAAACCCAUUCUUAUGAAACAAUCCAUUAAUGUAUCUAACAAUGAGGCGUUGGUACAUGAUCGCUACAUUUCGAUUUCUAACCACAGCAUUGCUGUUCGAGUGCUCGAACAUUUUGGAUCACACAUUUUACAACUUGGAAUCGAUAACGAAUUUCAUGAAAACGAAUUGAAACAGCUUAUCGGUCUUAUAGAUCAAAAGUGCUCCAAUUUGACGUUGCUAGGUAUCGAAAGCCGCAACUGGAAUAUUUUGGAUGAUGUCCAACGAAGAUUUAACACAGUAGAGGCCAUAGCCUUCAAAGGAAAAUACAAUAAAUUGGGAAGUAAAACAUUGAAUCUGAAUGAAAUGUUUCCAAAUGUACACAAUUUGACUUUGGGUGACAUUGAACUAAAAGACGUCGAUGAUAGCGUCACUAAUAUUCCCAAUUUGAGAUAUUUACAACUGAUAUUUGCGAAUCCGAAUAUUUCUGAUCGUGAUGUAUUCAAGAAUUUCAUCGAGAAGAAUCCACAAAUUAAAGAGCUUACUCUCAAAAACACUAACACGAGCUUUGUUAAAUUUGCAAGCGAACACUUGUUGAAUUUAGAUGUUUUGACUCUUUGUCCCAUCAAAUAUGUUGACUAUACGGGGGAGAUUCACUUUAAAAAUGUUAAAAAGUUUUCCUUAAUUGGCUUAGAUGGUACAGACCGUUUCGAAAACAUCACUUUCGAUGACCUCGAAGAAUUUCAUUGUGAUCCACAUGGAUUCCCUAUUUGGCUUGAUUUUAUUAAGCCACAUCGAAAUUUAAAAAAACUCGAAAUCGUAAAAGGAUCUUCCAUUUCAGAUAAUGAUCUUAUUUUGUUAAGCGAACGAGCAACAAACUUGAUUGAAGCAUCUAUACCCUGUGACAGCUAUGUCAAAGUAGAAACAUUGGUUCGACUUUUGGAGGAGAGCAAACAUUUGAAGAAACUUCGUUUGAAUGACUAUGGUUUUCCACAAUCAGCUGGAAAACUGGAUGCGCUAAAGGCUCGCAUUGAAGACAAAUGGACGAUUACACUAAAUGAGAGGUCAUCUUAUUAUGAAAUUGAACGUAAAAAUUAAACAACAAGAAAUUGUGUAACGAUGAAACAAGCAUUGAAAUAAAGAGUUUUACAUCAUGAUAUUGACAUUGGUGUCGAUGAGAAAUACA